AAAGUGCUCCGGCACAGACAGCAGCUGGCUGUCAGCGAGAGCGGAGGAACCCAACGAGGAAAGAGGCACAGGCCAGAGAGGGGCGGGAUGGGGGGAGAGAUGACGUGAAGUUUCAGACGGCAGAGAGAAAACAAAAACACAAGAGGAGGAGGACGACCGUUCCUUGGCACCACUGGGAGUAACAAAGAGCGGACGGUCCUGGCCAGGAUGUCCUCCGAGGGCUUUCUGAAGGAAAUACAAGUGAUUGGUGAGAAGUUUCUGCUGAAGCUUCAGAAGCUGCCCAAGGCCGAGCCGGUGGAGAUUGCAACAUUUGUGGUCAUUCUCUUGUUUAUUGUUACCGUGUUGUCACUGAUGAUCAUAGCCUGCAGCUGUUGCUGCAGUCACUGUUGUGGCUGCAACGGAGGUUCUGAACGAAGAGGCAGGAAGAUCCAAGUCCGGCCAUUUUCCCAUGCAUAAAAUGCAUCCAGAAAAAGGGAAAUCUACUGCAAAAGGGCAUGGCCAGACACCGCAGCUGAAUCACAUGCAAAGGACUCCCCAUUCCCUCAAACAGGUGGGGAGCAGGAGUGUUAAUGAAGAUUCAGAGCAAAGGAGGAAAAUGGACCACAGAUCAGACUAGGCUUUUCUACAGUGACCUCUGCCUGGCUCGGAUGUGGCCACAUAGGGAGCAGUGUUCCAACAUGCUCGUCUCUAUAGACAGAAACAUACUACCAAGAAGACAGACAGACAGGGUGGGAAAGCAUCAGUCUGUCUGAAGAGGACAGCACAGCUGGGCAGGCAGCAAAGUAUCUUUGUAAGCAAAGAGCAGUGAACAGAGACAAAGGCCAUGUGCAGCCUGGCAUGGGCUUAUGAAGGUCUCUUGCCCUCUUCACCAAUGAUGAUGCCAGACACCAGCAAUUCCUGCUGACAUAAAAUUGGGAAGUGCAUGGACUCAGCACCCCUCAGAGUCCUACUCAUAUUUAAAGCCCAGUGGGGUUUAACAGAGACAUGCACUCAAAACAUAGCAUGACGUGGCUGGCAUGCGAGCUCAGAGACAGGGAACAUGGCUGGCAAAUGCUCCCUACUUUUCUCAGUGUUACAAAGACAUGAAGACUGCCAAAAAGGAGAACAGUUGGACUAUAUGCAAUAUCCAGCAUAUACAGAAGGAUGAAGGCAAGAGGGGAAAGCCCACCAACAGAGUGUUAUUUUAUUUAGUUGCUCUGCCACCAAGAAAGUUUUUGCUACAUAUUUAGCUCCUUGUCUUCCAUUAAAAAAUUAUUGUGCUUUUUCUGCAUAUUGCAGGGUGAAUAUUCAGUACAGUGCAUGGGGAAUGACAACAUUCCCCAUUACUAUAUAUGGGAGCUGUGUUUCUAGCUCCUUGCACUGGGUGCCAUUUAUAUUAGAGGUAGCAAAUAUUAUGCUUAAGGUAGAUAUACGUGCACACACAUACAGCCUCAUUUGAGAGAAAAAAAACAGACAGCAAGGGCAGUGUUAAUUCAAUACAUACAUGCAGCAGCUGAGAGAUGGAACCCAGACAAGUGGCAAUGCCAGGAAUGGGAUGCAUAGCUAAAAUUAACAGUGCAAAUAAAUCCCUUUUCAACACUUCA